GUAUAAACUCAUCAGUUAGUUGUUCGACUUUGGUUUAAACGUAUCAAAUAAUCAAAUUAUCACCGAGAUGGCAGCAGCUUUUGGUAGGACUCGAGUACAGAUUGAAAACACAGGAUCUUCAACAACCGUGCCAGAUGACCCAAGAGCUCGGCUCAUGUACUACUUCAGCUGUGUUCUCUAUUUGAUAAAUGAUGAUGACGAUGACGAGUUAGACACGAUUGCAAUAAGGAGGUUAAAGGAUUACAAAAAUUAUCGUCGUUUGAGCGAUGACGAAGUUGAUAUGCUGGUGUCGACAUGUGACAAAUUAAAACCAUCUGACCUAUUGAUGAAAGGUUUGUUUGUGCUCAAAGACUGGAGCGGCUGCAAAAAUGAGUUUUAUAAAAUUCGUGCUACAAGUAAUCAGAUGGUAAUGACCAGGAAUGUUGUUGUCGGAGGUGUGAAGCAUUCCGUUACCGAAAAAAUGCAUUGCUCGGAAGGGUGGUUAGAUGAAAAUUAUUUCGAGCCUAUGAGGUACUUCCGGCUAAGAUUGGCCAGGAUAAAACGUCAGCAGAUAUCAAACCGUGCUAUUAUUGCCGUCAAUGAUUGUGUCAUGAUGUAAACUCGUUAAGUGCAUGAAGCAAAGGUUGAUGAAGAACAAAUUGGACAUAACAGAUUUUUUAUUAUCAUCGAUUAACAUUGAUUCAAUUGCUAAUUUUCAUAUCAAACAAAUCAAACAUAACGAUAUAAGUGAUUUGUGGAAUAAAGUUCAAAAUGGACGUAUCUUUUGUAUUUGAAAUUGAAAUAAGAGUAAACAUUAUGAAUCACUAUUUACAUCGGAACAUAUGGCAAAAAGACAGUUAUAUCAAUAUUACAGUUGCUUAAUCAAUUUGUACAUAUAAAAUUAAUGCUUUGAUUUCUUAAUAUGAGUAACAAAUGUUAAUGAAAGUGAUUUGUGCGCGUAAAAUUACUGGUUUAAAAUUAAAUCUAAACAAUGUGGUGAUAAAAAAGAUAUGAACUUGACAAACUUUUUUUUUUUUAAUUUUCAAAAUAAUAAAGUUUCUCUUCAAUAUUU